AAAAUCCUCCACUCCUCCACAUCGACCGCCUCGAUCUCUCUCUCGAAAAGCUCCCACUAAACAAAGGCGAAAACCAACCGAGAACCUGCACAAAGUACACAAGCAUAAUCCUAAUCCCUUCCUCCUCCUAGCCCAAAAAGCAAGAAUCCGCGCUUAAGUUUCUUCCUCUCUUCCCCUCCCCUCCUGCCUAGCAUCAGAUUCUUCUCAUGUCGGUUUUUUCUCCGCCCGGUUAAUCAUUUCCCACCAUUUCCUUUCUCUCCCGGCGCCGGUGGAUCGAGCUGCAGUUUCUUUUUGGUUCUUGGCACCUACUAGGCUACUACCAUUGUUGCUGUUGUCCGGUGUACAUCCACAACUUCUUUGCCUGCCUGCUGUUCCUUUUAGUUUCUCCAAGCUCCUGCCAACAGCAGCACAGCCUGUGUGUCACCACUCACCAGGGAGGAGGCCCCACUCCUCCUGUCUUGUUGCUCACUCACUCUGCUGGCAGCUUCCCCUAGGUUGUCCUUUGCUUGCCCUGGGUUUGGUUCUUGGGUCCAUCCAUCUUCAGAGUUUUCCUUUUUGCUGAAUCCUUUGAUCUCGGAUGGAUGAUGGCCGGUUCUUGAUAAGCCUUGCUGCAGGUUCUCCUCCCGAGAAGAUGUGGUAACAUUUCUUGGCUUCUUGCGUUUUGGAUUGGAGGCAAGAUUGCUUGUGAGGAUCUUGGUUAGCCUGAAACUUCGUUUGCUGUUCAGAAUUCGGGGGGCUUUGUUGGUUCUUGGCCUCUUGCCUGUUGGUUGGGUUUGAAGGAGGCUGAAGAGAGUUUGCCAAUGGAGCCACCAAGUGGGUUCUGGGCCUCCCUGGGGAGCUUCCUCAAGUUCUUGCCCUACUUCUGCGGCCUCCUCAUCCUGGGGGUCAUCAAAGGUGGCUUGCUGGUCUUCUGUCUCUGUCCAUUUUGGUAUUUUGAUAUGCCCUUGGGCAUGCCUUAUUAUGGCAAUUGGAUUAUCUGCGCUAAUCCUGGGCUUAUGGCCCAUGCAUGUGAUUUGGACUUACUACUGCAUUAUCAGAACUAAGCUGGUAGGACCUGUAGUAAAGCUUCUGCUCCUUAUUGCUGCCACUGCAACCUUAAUCUUAUGGUUGAUAGUUGGCAUCCCUGGAAGCAUCUUAGCUGGAUUGGUGUAUGGCUUUCUAGCACCGAUAAUGGCAACAUUUGGUGCGGUUGGAAAAGGAAAAGAAAAGCCGUUUGUUCAUUGUUUUGUGGAUGGAACGUGGAGUACUAUCACUGGGAGCUGUACGAUAGUCAGGGACGUGAAAGACCUGCUUUUCCACUCCUAUUUUUCUAUUAUGGACGAUCUUCGUCUUCAGGCACCUCCUGAUAACAAGCCAUAUGAGAUAAGAUUGCUCGAUAUUCCUGGUGCUUUAUUAUCUGCUGCAUGUGGACUCAUACUGGAUGGUAUAAUGUUCACGCUGAUUGCCAUCUACAAAUGCCCUGUGAUGCUUUUCAAAGGAUGGAAACGACUGAUUCAGGAUAUGAUUGGGAGAGAGGGACCUUUUCUGGAGACAGCUUGUGUGCCGUUCGCAGGUCUUGCUAUUCUUCUCUGGCCAUUUGCCGUAGUGGGAGCUGUUCUCGCCUCCAUCCUAUCCAGUAUUCCUUUAGGCGCAUUUGGUGCAGUCGUGGCUUAUCAGGAAUCCUCCCUAAAGAUGGGCUUAUCUUAUGUUGUCUCAUCUGUGUCCAUCUUUGAUGAAUACACAAAUGAUGUGCUUGACAUGGCACCGGGAUCUUGUUUUCCGAGGUUGAAAUAUAGGAAGAGAGAAGAUUCUUCACAUGGAGGUAGCUUAUCCAGGCCAACCUCAUUCAACAAAGAAAAGCAAGAGGGAAAGAAACCUCCAGCACGUGUUACAUCUUUUAAGAACAGUAUUGAAGACUUCAAUCCAUUCAAGUUGCUAGAACACCUAUUUGUCGAAUGCAAGCACCAAGGGGAGACUUUGGUUAAUGAAGGAGUCAUAACAAUGAAAGAUAUCGAAGAGACAAAGUCGGGAAAAGUUGGCACUGGAGUUCUUAAUGUUGGUUUACCAGCAUAUGUAAUCCUUAAUGCACUCCUUCGGUCCGCAAAAGCUAAUUCUGUUGGCCUACUCUUAAGUGAUGGCUCUGAGAUUACAUCUGACAAUAGGCCUAAACAUACACUCUAUGAAUGGUUCUUUGACCCUCUUUUGGUCAUCAAAGAACAAAUUAAAGCCGAGAAUUUUACAGAAGAGGAGGAAAAAUAUCUCAAAAUGCGAGUUUUGUUGAUUGGUGGCCCUGAUCGCGUCAAGGGCAGUCUUCCCGAUGUGCCAUCACUGGAUGAGCGAAAAAAGGCCGAAAUAGACGCAUUUGCUCGCAGACUGCAAGGGAUCACAAAGUCGAUAUCAAGAUACCCUACCGCGAAGCGACGCUUCGAUAUUCUUGUCAAGCAGCUCUUGUCUGAGCUUGAGAGGACGGUGGGUGGCGGUCAAUCGACCAAUGGGUCCCAAUCUCAAAGCUUGAGAGGCGGCAUUGCCAGAAUGCUCAGCCAGAAGUCCAUGGGGAAGGCGGCAAACGUCAGAGAUGAAGAUCCAGAAGCGCAAAUGACAAGCCAUGAUCGCACUCCGUGAUAUAAUGUUUGACAGUGCUGUUUUUUCACUUUGUACCGGACAUGCUAGUGAAGAGGAACCUUUCCCUGUAAUUACCAGCUACAUUGUACAAAUUAGUAGAUUCUGCAGCUAUAUGAGCUAACCCUAACCAUUCUUCUUUACCUAAUUUUGCAUGUUUUGAACACUAUGUGAAUGCAAUUGCAAUGCAACAUCGCUCGUCAUGAUAA